CAGCAUGCGUGAAACUGACGGGAUGUGGGCCGUUGGAUCCGAUGCCAGAUAUGGUUAAGGGAGAGAUGCGCCCCCCAGCUCUUCCUCCGCAAGCCCGCAUCCGGCCAGUGGCACGCGCUCAUCCGCGCCUUUGUGCCUCGCGGAGGACGCGAACUGCCUCGCACCGUCACCGCUCGUAGCCCGGGUGAUGCACGGAGUUGAGGGUGGCGGCUCCGCCCCGCCUUCUACCGACGACAGCGGCGGCGCCCCGGGGGACGCCUUCCUCCGCCACCCUCGGCCCGAGCCGACGGCGCCGCCUGCGGUCUCAUGCCCCCCGGAAGAUCGCCCGCGCUGCUUCCAUUUCCUCCCGCACACGCUCAUCCGUCCCCACCCGCCUCCGCAGCCGGUGGAACCACAACCAACGCCACUGCCGGUCGCGCCGAUGGUGGACAUUCGCGUACCCACUUUUAGGGUGCCCAUCCCCCGAGACUUGCCUCCCGGUCCUUGGGAGCCUCUGGAGAUCUCUCAUCCUCUGGUAUCCCAUCCCCGUUGUUCUGUUGAAUACGGUAGCCAGUUGGAGUAUGUCGGCAAUCAAAAUGCCCCUCGGGGAAGUAAUUCUCGAGGUAAUCGGCGGCCGAAACAUCAGAAUGUGGUCUCCACCACUCAAAAGUACGACAAUAGAAGUUAUUCAUGUUCUUGGGGACAUGGAGAGACGAGCGAGGCAAAUGGCCGAGUGGGUUAUGGGAACUGCGUGUCUGGCGCUAAUGCGAAGGUCGAUCCUAGAUUUGGUGAUCGAAGGAAUGCCUGCGGUGAUCCUGCACAAUAUAACCGCUCGCAAAUGGGGUAUCAAUACGAGAAGAAGCGCAUGAAUCUGGGGGGUCACCGGCAUUCCAUUUCCUGGAAGCCAAAGGUAAUUGAACAGAGCAGACCGCAGGGCUCGGCGCAGAAGCAAAAGGUUAAGGUAGAAUGGGUUGCUGCGACUAGGAUGAAAGACGAGAAUCAUAAGUUGGAAAUGGGAGAUAAUAGUCAGCAAGAAGUAAAAGAUGGUGACGUGCUGCAAAUUCAAACUUGUAAUCACCUCGAUCGGAGCAAAUGUGAGCUAGAGGGCAAUAAUCUUCCAAUUGAGGAAUCAUAUGUGGAAGAUCAUCUUAGUUGGUUACUGCCUGAGGCUUUUGAAGAUUGGAAUUUAUCUGGAGUGGAAUCUGAAGGGCACAAAGAAACUGAAGACUUGUCAUCUCAAGGAGGUGCUAGUCAAGAUGAUGCCUUACCUGUGGAACAAUCUGAUUCUCUGAUGCUUAAAGGCGACCAUGAUAAAAGAAAAAAUGUGAAGAGAUUUCCCAACUCCACUGGGAAAUAUCAUUUACAAUAUCGUAAUAGAGAAGGAAAUACUGAGGUUGGCAUUCUUGGCUUAGAAUUUAUCUUUUAUUCUAAAUUCCUUUUGGUUUAUCUGUCAUUAUAUCUGCAGCGUGUUGGAUCAUAUUCUCUUAGAGAACUGCAAGUAUCAAGCCAGUACAUGAGGAAUAGUAGAAGACAGAUAGAUUGUCGCCCUGACAUAGAGACUUUGAUACCUGGCUUCCUUUCAGUGUACAGGUCUUUGAUACCAGCAGAUGAUGAAAAAGAUAAACAAAAUCAAAUAUUGAAAUCACUAGAAAAAUCAAUCAACAAAGAGUGGCCCAAUGCCAGGUUGCAUCUCUAUGGAUCCUGUGCUAAUUCUUUCGGGUUCUCAAACAGUGAUAUCGAUAUUUGCCUUGCAAUUGAUGAUAACACUAUCAGGAAGCAUGACAUGGUGUUAAAACUGGCAGAUAUUUUACGGUCAGAAAAUUUUCAAGAUGUAGAGGCCAUCACCAAUGCUCGGGUUCCUAUUGUUAAGAUGAGAGAUCCACAAACAGGGAUCUCUUGUGAUAUAUGUAUCAACAAUCUUUUAGUUGUCGCCAAUACAAAACUUCUUAGAGAUUACGCUCGGAUAUAUGAUAGGUUGCACCAAUUGGCCUUUAUUGUGAAACACUGGGCAAGAUUGAGGGAGGUGAACAAGACUUACGGAGGCACCCUGUCUAGUUAUGCGUAUGCGCUUAUGUGCAUUCAUUUCUUACAGCUGCGCAAACCAGCCAUUCUUCCUUGUUUACAGGAAAUUGAAGCAACAUAUGUGUUGACUGUGGAAGAUACUGAAUGUGCUUACUUUGAUCAAGUUGAGAGACUCCAGGGCUUUGGUGCUCAAAAUGAGGAAAGUAUUGCACAAUUAGUUUGGGGUUUCUUCCAAUACUGGGCCUACUAUCACAAUUAUAAAAGUGACGUGAUAUCUAUACGCACGGCGACCAUCAUCAGCAAGCAAAUGAAGGACUGGACUCGACCAGUUGGGAAUGACCGUCAUCUGUUAUGCAUCGAGGAUCCUUUCGAGACCUACCAUGAUCUUGGUCAUGUAGUUGACAGGCGCAGCAUUAAAAUUUUGAGGGAGGAAUUUGAGAGGGCUGCGCGGAUACUACGGUAUGAUCCAAACCUCUGCGUGACUCUUUUUGAGCCGUAUGAACCAAGUUUGAAGCAAAAUUGACUAUGCUUUGAACUGCCUCGGAAGAGAUUUGACCUCUGGAAUCUCUUUCCGUGUUUUCUCCCCUUGUGGUUGGGAGGAGCAAUUUGAUAAGCAGCAUAAAACGUGCUUCCAAUUUGAUACAAAGGUAAAUCAUUACAUUGAAAGUCUCAAUUA